AUGACGUGGACUACAAGUGUGACGUCAUCCAUGUCACCAGAGACUACACGCCUCCUAACCACUGCAGUUGGUCUCGUCAAUCUCUCGCCCUCCGGCCCUCCUCUGCAGCCUCUGCAGUCUCUCUGCAGUCUCUUCCUCUCAGCCCCCAACACCCUUCCCAGUCCUCAACACCCAUCCCUCAGUCCCUCAACACCCAUCCUCAGCCCUCAACACCCAUCCUCAGCCCUCAACACCCAUCCUCAGUCCUCAACACCCAUCCUCAGCCCUCAACACCCAUCCUCAGCCCUCAACACCCAUCCUCAGCCCUCAACACCCAUCCUCAGCCCUCAACACCCAUCCUCAGUCUCAACACCCAUCCUCAGCCUCAACACCCAUCCUCAGCCCUCAACACCCAUCCUCAGCCCUCAACACCCAUCCUCAGCCCUCAACACCCAUCCUCAGUCCUCAACACCCAUCCUCAGUCCUCAACACCCAUCCUCAGUCCUCAACAUUCUUCCUGUCUGGGAUGUAGAACGACAUUCUCUAGACGGGUGA